ACUACAGCGGCAGCAGCAGCAACAGCAGCAGCAGCAGCAGCAGCAGCAACGGCAGCCGUGGCAGCAGCUAGAAGAGAACUCUACCUUAGGACAUAUAUAUUCAACAUCGCAGACCUCUAUGGAUGCAACAGCACAAAUUCCUUUCCUGUCAGAGGAUUAUGAAAUGCAGUUGUGAUAGACUGAAGCAUGGAUAUGCUGCUUUCAUUUCGCAUAUUGUUUUUUGUCUUGCCCUUCUCUUUUUGUGUGGAUCUUAUGUACAGAGUAGAAGAAAGCAAGAAUGCCAGAACAUAUUUAGGAGACAUAGCCAAAGAUUCUCACUUGUUAGAUAGAAUACCAGUUCAAGUUCAAGACCAAGUGACUUUUAGUCAGCUGCAAGGUGGGUCUCUCAAGACUUUGCAGUUGUUCAAUGUUACUAAAACUGGAAAGCUAUACACAGCCCAGUCAUUAGAUGCAGAAAACCUUUGUACAUAUAAUACAGAAUGUUUUAAAAUGGUUGACAUUGCAGUAAGACAAGAGGAAACAUUUAUAAAGAUACUCAAAGUAAAGAUUUUAGUGGAAGAUAUAAACGAUCAUUCUCCAGAAUUUCCUCAGGAACAAAUCAGUCUUGAAUUUUCUGAGACUGAUGGAAAAGGAACUUCAAGCUUGAUACCCAAUGCUAUUGACAAAGAUGUCGGACUCUUUAAUUCUCAGAUAACAUAUCAAUUGGAGGAUAGUUUGGAAGAACCUUUUACCUUAUCAGUUUCUAAGAGAGUGGAUGGCACAGCAACACUUGAGAUUGUUUUAAAGGAAAGACUUGAUAGAGAAGCUAAAGACUCUUACAUGCUGCAGGUUGUUGCUAAAGAUGGAGGCUUCCCUUCAAGAAAAAGCAUUUUGAAAGUCCACAUAGCAGUUAAUGACGUAAAUGACAAUAGGCCAGUUUUUCCUCAAAGCAUUUAUAACAUUUCUAUAAAAAACACACACCAAAUGAAUGUUCCUGUACUAACUUUGUCAGCAACAGAUUUGGAUUUUGGAAAAAACAGUAAAGUUUCCUAUUAUUUUAGUUCCAAAAUAAGCGAUGUUGCCAGGUUAUAUUUUCAACUAAAUAAAGAGGAUGGUAGAAUAUACUUGUGGAAAAAGUUGCCUGCUGGACAAAAGAAAAACUACAAAUUGUUUGUGGAAGCAAGGGAUGGAGGCCGACCUCCUCUCAGUUCCAUUGCUUUGGUUUUUGUUAAUGUGAUCAACCAACAAAAUAAUGCACCGGAAAUAGAUAUAAAUUUUGUGUCAGCAUUAGUAGAUAAUACUGCUACAAUUUCAGAAAAGAUUAAAGUUGGAAGUUUUAUUGCAUUUGUGAAAAUCAUAGAUAAUGACUUUGGACAAAAUGGAGAAGUUUCUUGCGAUCUUCACCAUGAAAAAUUUCAGCUUCGAAGUCUAGCAUCAAAGGAAUAUAAAGUAAUAUUGAAAAGCCUUGUUAACCGAGAGGCUGAAGAUCAUUAUGAUAUAAAAAUUACAUGUGAAGAUAUGGGCCAACCACCUUUGAAAGCUCAGCGACAAUUCUCAAUUCAAGUAAUGGAUGUAAAUGAUGUACAACCACAAUUUACAAAAAAAACAUUUAAAUUUUUGACUUAUGAAAAUGAAGAACUAAAUUUUCCUGUCGGCUUCAUCAAUGCUACUGACCCAGACUUAGAUUCAGGGGGUAAAUUAUCGUAUCAUUUAGUUAGUGAAAACAAAGAUAAAAUUCCAUUUCAGAUUACAAAUUAUGGUUUUAUUUCAACUAUUGAGUCUUUGGACUAUGAACAGAAUAACAACUAUAAAUUCCAGGUCCUAGUAAAAGACAAUGGAAAUCCUCAGUUAAACAAUACAGCAAAUGUUAUUGUUGAAGUUAUGGAUGAGAAUGACAAUGCCCCAUAUUUCACUUUUCCUAGUGUUAACCCUUUCAGUUUGGAUGUCUACUAUCACCCUCAAAGUGAAAAUGAUAUCACAACAUUAAGAGCUUCAGAUAGAGACAGUCGAGAAAACGCUUUCCUCCAUUAUGAAAUUCUUGGAGGAAAUGACCGACAACUGUUUACAGUCAACCCUUACACUGGAGCCAUGUCUUUCUCUCGCACAGUUUACCAAAAUGAUGCUGGGUUAUACAACCUCCAGUUAAUUGUCAAAGAUAGUGGUACUCCAGUUCUGUCAACAUCUACAGCGCUAUCCUUGACAUUGACAGUUAGUAAUAAAACGUCCAAAAUGUUCACUGCAGUGAAUACACAAGCAGACAACAGGAUACAUCUUAACUUAGUUAUAGUCAUAACACUGGCAGCUGUGAUUGUGUCAGUGGCUGUUGUUGUGUCAAUCAUUAUUUGUAUUGUUCGAUGUCACAAUGUCAGGAAUACUCAACAUAUAACUGAAACAAGCUCACCAAACCAAUCAAGGAGUGAAAAAGGUCACCUUAUUUCACAUGCUAAUAAUUUGACUGCGCUAACAUUAAAUUCUGAUGAGACAAGAAACAGUACAACUGCUUCAAUGAUGUCAAAAACACAGCUCUACCAGGAAGAUGAGUUGCCAGUUGAAUGGAAUAAUUUAAAUGCAACAAGAAGCUUGCCAAGAGCUGCACAGCAGAUGUAUAUACCACAAGCUGCAGUGACAUCUGGUGGGAGAGGAUUUGAAGAGAACACCUUUAUGAGUCCUGAUUGUUGGAGUGACAUGGUGUUCUCUCAUGUGGACACUGGACAUUGCUGGACAGAAAGAGACUUUGGGCAGUAUGAGGAAAUACCAGCACAUAAAAGAACCAAGACCAGAACAUUAUCAACAUCAGGAAAGGGACAGAACUGAACAUCUCUGACAACAUUCAUCGAGACACCACCGUCACCACUACCAACACCACCACCACCACCACCACCACUACCAUCAUCACUAUGGCCAUCACCUUUACCAUCACCGCUGACAUGAACACCAUUACCCAACACCAUCACCACCACUACCACCGCCACCACCACCACCACCACCUUCGACACCACUAACAACAACAAUAUCUGUACAAUGGUACAAUGCAGUUUUGUCCAGAACCACAUGCAGUCAACAAAGCAGUAAGUGAAUGUGACAACUGACCGAAUGUCCCCUGUGGAUAAAAUCCUGAUCAUAGAAAAAGAAAAAAAAAUAAUAAAGAAAAAGAAGGUAAAAAAUAUAUUAAAAAAAACAAAAACAAAAAACAACAACAAUAAAAAAAAAAAAACGAAA